AUGCGCAACAACCAGUUGGAGAGAAUGUCACAGCAGUCACAGAAGGGAGUACCGGGCAGAGGACCUCCCGAGGAGAUGAUAAAGAGACUAAAGGACCAACAGAUGCGGAAAGAAACUCUGAGAAAGCUGCGAACCAGAAACGCUCUCGUGGGAGCUUCGAUUAUGGCGGUAAUGGGAGGGAUUUACCUGUACACUCUUCGAGCCACGAGACAAGAGAACUUUCUGGACAAAGAUUUUGAUAGACCGAGUACAAACCAACCUAGCAAGAAUUAACCAUUACAUCAUCAUUUGUUCGCACAGUGUCCUCUUGCUCAGUUAUAAAUUAUGA